GGAAAGCCUCACUCCAUCACGUCCGUAAAGAGAACAAGAAAGAAACCGAAACAGAGAGAGAAAAGUCACUCCCAGUGAGAAGAGAUGCAAACAGACAAAUAGAGAGAGACAAGUCACUCCCAGUGAGAAGAGAUUUAAACAGACAAACAGAGAGAGAAAAGUCACUCCCAGUGAGAAGAGAUUUAAACAGACAAACAGAGAGAGAAAAGUCACUCCCAGUGAGAGGAGAUGCAAACAGACAAAUAGAGAGAGAAAAGUCACUCCCAGUGAGAGGAGAUGCAAACAGACAAAUAGAGAGAGAAAAGUCACUCCCAGUGAGAAGAGAUUUAAACAGACAAACAGAGAGAGAAAAGUCACUCCCAGUGAGAGGAGAUGCAAACAGACAAAUAGAGAGAGAAAAGUCACUCCCAGUGAGAAGAGAUUUAAACAGACAAACAGAGAGAGAAAAGUCACUCCCAGUGAGAGGAGAUGCAAACAGACAAAUAGAGAGAGAAAAGUCACUCCCAGUGAGAAGAGAUUUAAACAGACAAACAGAGAGAGAAAAGUCGCUCCCAGUGAGAGGAGAUGCAAACAGACAAAUAGAGAGAGAAAAGUCACUCCCAGUGAGAGGAGAUUUAAACAGACAAACAGAGAGAGAAAAGUCACUCCCAGUGAGAGGAGAUGCAAACAGACAAAUAGAGAGAGAAAAGUCACUCCCAGUGAGAGGAGAUUUAAACAGACAAAUAGAGAGAGAAAAGUCACUCCCAGUGAGAAGAGAUUUAAACAGACAAACAGAGAGAGAAAAGUCACUCCCAGUGAGAGGAGAUGCAAACAGACAAAUAGAGAGGCAUAAAACGGAGUGGACAGGGAGAAAGAAAGAGGGUAUCCCUCUCUCACCCUCUCUGUGUCUCCCUCUGAAAUUCCUCCAUGCCACUUUGACUUUACCCCCUAUUCCCUACACCCAUCCCACUUCCCAGCCAGCCCUCCCUGGCACCAGUAUGCGGCCCCCAGCCCCCCUUUCUCCCCCCUCAGGGCUGCUGCUGUUGCUGGUCUUCUGCCCCCUAGUGGUGGUAGCGCAGGCCAGCAGCAGUAAGACGGAGAGCGGACACAGCACACACCAUGGAGACACAAACCCAGACCGCUGUAUGAGGCAUCACUUCGUGGAGACCAUCACACACUCCAUCUACAAGUGCCACUCCAAUAUGGUGUUGCUAGCUCGGUGCGAGGGCCACUGCAGCCACACGUCCCGCUCCGACCCUCUCAUCUCCUUCAGCUCGGUGUUGAAGCAGCCCUUCAAGAGUACCUGUUUCUGCUGCAAGCCCCACACCUCCAAGCUGAAGGCUGUGAGACUCCGCUGCGCCGGAGGGAGCCGCAUCACAGCAACCUACCGCUACAUCCUCGCCUGCAACUGUGAGGAGUGCAGCUGAGCGGGGAAUAAUACUUUUUAAAACGUUAGAACUCUAGAACUGUCUCCUUGAGAACGUUUCUGCACCUGCGAGUCGACAGCUGUGAAGAGUGGAAUCCUAGAACAUGUAAAUUAGAAGAACCUGCACCUUUUGUAGAACCUAUAAGUCCAGGCCUUACCCAUGGACGAGCCAGUGUUUUUGGUCCCUGUAUAAUGAUUAAAUUACGAUGAUUUAACUUCCCCUGGCCUUCAUUUGCAAGUAGUGGAACCCUUAGUGCCCAAUAGAACUCUAGAACCUGAGAGUAUAGGCUAGACUCAUGGACGAAUCUAGAACCGUCAUGCCUGUUUGUGAUGAGGACUCCAGCGCCCCAACGACUAUCUGCCUUUUAGAAUGUUGUUCCUAGGGAAGGGAGGGCAGGAGAUUUCUGAACCAAUAAUAAUAAUGGAUUGGACUUAUAUAGCGCAUUUCUACCAACUGAACUACUCCAAGCGCUUUACAUAGUAACUCACCUCAUACACCACCUGGAGGAAUGUGCCAUUUCAUGGUUCUACAUGUGUUUCUAGACCUGACUGAGAAGUCAGUCAUGAGAUCCUUCAUUCUUCUUGACUCUUUGUCAAACUGUUUGUCAAUCCUCUAACUAUACCACUUAUCAGUCUGGACCAAGACUCACCUGAGCUCCUCAUCCAGUAGCCCAGUCCUCAAACUAAGACUCAUUAGGAACCCUGUUCCCAAAUUCUGUGUGUCUAGAACCAAGAGAACACUCGGCUCCUCAAGGCUCCCAGAAGGAGUUAGUUCUGCUCAUCCAUCGAGGGUAGAUGACAUUUCCCAGAAUCCUAUAGAACACUAUCUUCUCCCUUAUGUGUUCAGACCCAGAAACAAUUAACUGCUUUUUCGGUUUCAGCCAAACUCUCAACACUCAUUACAAGCAACAACAACACAUAUGCAUAUGCAUAACCUCGUAUUCAAUCACUCAUCACCUCUCUAAUUACACACACCGUCUCCCCUCUCUCACCACUAACUACAUCUAUAAAUGUAUGGUGCCGACGUCCUAAAACCCAACAGCACAACAUGCAUAAUUAAAAGCAGCAUGGGACAGAGCAGGCCGUGUAUCCUAUGAGAUACAUGUGUAAUGACUGUGCUUAACUACACCUUCCCCCUGUCUCCUAGCCAGGCCAUAAACAUGUAACAUACUCCAUCAGAUCUUCACCUACAGUUGAAGUCGGUAGUUUACAUACACCUUAGCCAAAUACAUUUAAACUCUGUUUUUCACAAUUCCUGACAUUUAAUCCUAGUAAAAAAUUCCCUGUUUUAGGUCAGUUAGGAUCACCACUUUAUUUUAAGAAUGUGAAAUGUCAGAAUAAUAGUAGAGAGAAUUAUUUAUUUCAGCUUUAAUUUCUUUCAUCACAUUCCCAGUGGGUCAGAAGUUUACACACUCAAUUAGUAUUUGGUAGCAUUGUCUUUAAAUUGUUUAACUUGGGUCAAAUGUUUCGUGUAGCCUUCCACAAGCUUCCCACAAUACGUUUGGUGAAUUUUGGCCCAUUCCUCCAGAUAGAGCUGGUUUAACUGAGUCAGGUUUGUAGGCCUCCUUGCUCGCACACGCUUUUUCAGUUCUGCCCACAAAUCUUCAAUAGGAUUGAGGUCAGGGCUUUGUGAUUGCCACUCCAAUACUUUGACUUUGUUGUCCUUUAAAGGCACAGUCAACUUAGUGUAUGUAAUCUUCUGACCAACUGGAAUUGUGAUACAGUGAAUUAUAAGUGAAAUAAUCUGUAUGUAAACAAUUGUUGGAACAAUUACUUGUGUAAUGUACAAAGUUGAUGUCCAAACCGACUUUCCAAAACUUUAGUUUGUUAACAAGAAAUUUGUGGAGUGGUUGAAAAACAAGUUUUAAUGACUGGAACCUAAGUGUUUGUAAACCUCCGACUUCAACUGUAUCUGUGUGAAACAUGAUGAACCCUGGCAGGCCAUAUCACCAGCUGAUGUACUCUCAGAGAACAGACUCUUACACCAUGACUGCUUUGGCCAUAGCCCGGAGGACUAUAAUGCAAAAUGCAUCAGAGUGCAAAAGUGGAGUUUCCAAAGGGACAUUCUAUUGUUGGGAUAGCUACACGCUAUGUUUGGGAGAUACAGUGAGGGGAAACCAUUGUGUGCAGUGGUAUAUGGACUCUGAAGAAAAAUGGUCUGUCAAUGCUUUGUGAAACUGAUGAUUUGGUGGUUGUUAUUGUUGAAACUAUUAAUAUUAUUAUCGUACCAGAGUUUAUGAUUACUGACACAUGAUUUGCUAUCAUUAAGUACUUCACUAAUGAUGUAAUUUCAAUAUUUAGAUACUUUGAGAAUGGAAUCUGUGUGUUACAGCUCGUGCUGCUCACAAUUCAAAUACAUGUUUUUGACUUACUCUGGAUUUGUGCAUGUUACCACUUUAGUGCAUUUAAGACAGUCCCAAACCAUUGGAUUUAUCAGGAGUCAGGUACUGUGUCUAUCUACCAGACGAAGGUAUGGGGAGAGGGUUCCAUUUUAGAAUCGAGCAGAAUGGUGUUAAGAUAUUGAUGGACUAAAGAAAAGACCUCAGAGUCCCACAGAAGUGAUGACUGAAGUGCUUCGAAAUCCUGUUGAGAAAGAGAUCACACACACACACACACACACACACACACACACACACACACACACACACACACACACACACACACACACACACACACACACACACACACACACACACACACACACACACACACACACACACACACACACACACACACACACACACACACACACACACGCCUUUGUUCUUUCUUAUGGCCUCUAACUGUGCCGUCCUCUAGGAAAUCAUACAAAUUGCUGGUUUGAUUUGUUAAUGCAAAUCAUGACUGACAGCGCGACCGGCUGCUUCACACGUCAACCUAAUAAACAGUCCUUUUGUUUC